AACGGAACGCUUCCUCCGCAAUCGCUUCCGAGGGGGCCCGCGACGAGACCCGCGGGGCAGCGCCUAAUGAAAGUUUCUUCGCGCGAAACGUGAAAAGAAAAAUCCCUCAUCUCGCCGCCGUCACACCGGCGCGCCAUGUGCGGUGUAAAUAACAGUUGUUUAAGAUAGUCGUCCGCAGCAGCACCACUGUGGCGCCCAAGUACGAUGUCGACGUUUUUCACCACCAACCGGCACGGGUACAGUGUGCGGUUUUCGCCCUUCAACCCGGACCAGUUCGUCGUAGCAUCGAGCCAGUUUUAUGGGCUGGCCGGUGGCGGUACCCUGUACUUCCUUGAGCUGACCCCGGACGGUUGCGGUAUCGCGGAGAAGCGGACCCAUCACUGGAGCGAUGGAUUGUUCGACGUGACAUGGUCCGAGUCGAAUCCGGAGAUCAUCGUUUCCGGGUCCGGUGACGGAAGCGUCCAGCUGUGGAACACCAAUCUGUCGAUCAGCAACGGACCACCGUCGAUGGUGUACCGGGAGCACAAGAAGGAAAUCUACAGCGUGGACUGGAGCAAAGUGCCGUACGAGCAGCUCUUCAUCAGCGCCAGCUGGGACAGCACGGUGAAGAUAUGGGAUCCGAUUCGGAACAACUCGCUCAGCACCUACAUCGGCCACACGCAGUUGGUGUACAAUGCCGUGUUUGCGGCUCACAUCCCCAACACCUUUGCCAGUGUCAGCGGAGAUGGCUAUCUGAAGAUUUGGGACAUCCUCUGCUACGAUCUACCGAUUGCCAGCAUCAAGGCCCACGAUGGAGAGGUCCUGACGGUGGAUUGGUGUAAGCACGAUUCCAACAUCUUGGCCACUGGAGCGUCGGAUGGUUUGAUUCGAAUAUGGGACCUGAGAAACUUUGGCGUUCCGAUCACGGAACUGAAGGGCAACGAGUUUGCCGUGAGAAAAGUACAAUUUUCCCCGCACAACCUGUCCGUGCUGGCCAGCGUUGGAUACGACUUUACGACCAGAAUAUGGGAUUUCAAGAAGAGCAACGAAGCCAUCGAAACUAUCAAGCAUCAUUCGGAGUUCACUUACGGCUUGGACUGGAAUCGUCGCCGUCGGAAUCAGCUGGCCGAUUGUGGUUGGGAUUCGCUGGUGCACGUUUUCAAACCGGACUGCCUUUCGGAUAAGAUUUAAACCGUGCACCAGAACCGGAACCGGAAAUGCUAUGGUGAAGAGCUAAGGUAAGCGUGCAUGCGGAACGUCGGUUUUCAGCAGCCUGCGGUGGAGAAUGGAACGUCACCGGGCAGUUAAAAUUUGCAUUUCGGCCAAAAGAAAGUAAAAAUUGUGAUUUAGAUGCUAAGUAGACUAAAAGUGCUCCGUAUUCGUAUUGCCACCGCGAGGUAGCACAUUUAAAUUAGCUAUUUGUACAGAAGUGAACAGAAAUGGUAUCAGACACACAAGUACUGUGCGAGGGAUGCGGAGUCAAAAUUAUGUUUCGAUGUACAUUUAAAAUCAAAACCGGUGAUGGUAGGUGAGGCUUCAACUCUCACAAUAGUAUAGUAGCGCUAUCGAACCCCGAAACGCGGGGGUCUGCUGAAGUGCGGUGGAAGGUUGAUGGUAGUUUAUAUUAAACUUUAACUGUUUACAUUACUAUUUAUUUAUCUUCGUUGUGAAGAGUUAAGUUGUUUCAAAGUUUUCUCUUACAUUGUAAAACAGGUAUUGGUUUAGUUGGGGCUUUUGGGCUAAGAAUUGGCGCGUAGCUUAUCGAAUCAGUUCAACGAAAUUAUACUGUAUGAAAAAAAGUUAGAUGAAAUUGUGAA